GAGAACACAUGGGGUCGGAGCCGUUCUUUGCUUGUCAUCUCGGUGAAUAUGUGUGUUUAGUUCGUAUGCUGCUUUUUCCCGUUUUAAUGGAAUGUGGGAAGCCAAUUAGCAAACAAAGCUAAUAAGAAACGUUUAGUUCAUCGGAGAAUACGAUUUAGUUGGCGUAUAAUUACUUGUAAAGAUGUUUAAAAAAGUUCAGAUGGAAGAAAAUGUUCCAUCAAAAGAAAAGGAAAUUAUAGUGAUAAUUUUCAUGGCAUACGCCAUCGUCACUCUUACUUGACCAAGUACCACUUAAAUAUAAACGCCCAGAAAAUACUACAAAUAAAUAUUUCUACAAAACCAGUAACUUUUGUCCCAGUACACUAGUGUAAGCAGCAGGUUUCGCGGCUGGGGCAGCUUGUGCGGCUAAGUUUAAAAACGCGUGGGUAUAGUAGUAGAGGUGUAAUCAAGUAUAAUUUGUGGCAACGAAGUUCGUCUUCCCAAUCCGACAAAGAUCGUAAUAUCCAGUUAUUGUGUUUCAUACAAGUCAAGGCGAAUUUUGCCCUUCGUAGUAAGCAGGAAAUUUAACAAAAACAAUUUGAUGCAGCAUUUCGGUAAAUAGCAGCUGUUGCGUACUGUAUUUCGAUUUAUUACGGCUGUUAUCUUCCCGUUAUUGCGGUUCAUUUGGAUGCUACGACUUUCCGCCAGUCCUUGUAAUACAAUAUUAUGGCUUCCCCAGUAAAUACUGACACAUUCGUUGGUGGUUCGACUGCGUCUGUAAAUUUCAUUAAUACAACGAGUGAAACUGAGUGGUUGGAGGAUUUGCUGCAUGAGGUACAACUCGAGCAAUUUCUUGAACGUAUACGCGAUGAUUUACAAGUGACUCGCCUGGCACACUUCGACUACGUGCUUCCGGAGGACCUGGAACGAUGCGGGUUGGGUAAGCCAGCUGUGCGCAGACUCAUGGAGGCGGUGCGCAAAAAAAAGGCACAUCAAUGGCGGAAAAAUAUACUUUCGAAACUGAUUGGUGGUGGCAAGCAACCCUCCGCUAAAAAAUCCCAACAAGCUGUAAAUAAAGAACAGCAAAAUACUCAACUUACAUGCCUUAUACACGAAAAGGAUAUCACACUCGGCGUUAAAUUGGGCGAUGGUUCAUUCGGAGUGGUGCGACGCGGUGAGUGGCAUACCGCUCCAAACGGGAAAGUGUUAGCCGUUGCUGUAAAGGUGCUAAAAUCGGAUAAUCUCACACAGCCGGGUAUUAUAGGCGACUUCUUUCGUGAGGUGCAGGCAAUGCAUGCUUUGGAUCACUCGAAUUUAGUGCGUUUAUACGGCGUUGUGCUUUCGCAACCAAUGAUGAUGAUCACCGAGUUAGCCGAACGCGGCUCUUUAUUAGAUACUUUGCGCAAACAGUGCAAAAAUACACCGUUGACCAACAUUUGGAAUUGGUCAGUACAGAUCGCUACAGGCAUGGCGUACUUAGAGCAAAAGCGCUUCCUUCACCGUGACUUGGCGUGUCGGAAUGUCUUACUAGCAUCCGGCAAUAAAAUCAAGAUUGGUGAUUUCGGUCUUAUGCGGGCGCUGCCGCAAGAAGAUGAUUGCUAUGUUAUGUCUGAGCACAAAAAGGUGCCGUUUCCUUGGUGCGCACCAGAAUCAUUACGAUUUAGGCAAUUUUCGCAUGCUUCUGAUACUUGGAUGUUUGGUGUAACGCUAUGGGAAAUGUUUACUUUCGGCGAGGAUCCCUGGGUUGGUCUAAAUGGUUCCCAAAUCUUACGUAAAAUUGAUAGGGAGGGAGAACGACUUCAUCAACCAGAUGCUUGUCCGCCAGAUGUUUACGAAAUGAUGCUGCAGUGUUGGGACAAAACACCUGCUGAACGGCCAACUUUUGCCGCUUUGAAAGAAUUUUUAGUUGGUAUGUCACCGCCUGUAUAUAAAUCAUUACGUUCCUACCAUGAAGAAAAUCGGCUGGAGCUCGAAGCUGGUGAUACUUUGGCCAUCAUUGACGGUCGCGCUGAUUUGAAACUAAUUAAGGGGCAAAAUCAACGCACAUUUGAUAUUGGUGUCUUUCCGCGCAACAUAUUGGAGAAACCGAAAAAUACAAAUAGCGACCUGAUACGACCAUUGCACGAGAGCAUUCGUCAAAGCGGUGGGCAUGCAGGUUCACCCUUUGGCUUUUGCUGGGGAGGGGCGGGCGCAAUGAGUUCGAGUGCCGAAAUGCAAGCAGAGAGAAAUCGUAAAUGUGCUUCUAUGCAGCCACAAAUGCUACAACAAGCCCCCCAUGCCAAAGAGAGGAAGUCGGUAUCUAAUAAACAGUUUGCAUAUAAUAAACUGGUUAACGAACGGGGUGUUGAACUGCAACGUAAUCAAGCAACCCAGGCAAUAAAGGGAAAGGGUCUCAGUCAUCUAAAACAGGCCCCUCAGCGUCCACCUCCGCCGCAACAACAACAAAGUGAAGGUGUUCUAAUUGAUAUUUCGCCGGAAUUUGGUCCGCCUUCAUCGUCCACAAAAGGAGAUGGUAGUAAUUCACUAAAAGUGGAUAGCUCAUUCUGUAUAUUGGAUGCACCGAUUGAUGUGCCGACUGCAGGAGAAGAAUUCGACGUACCGGGAGGCGCUACUGACUCAGGAUCACCCUCACACAAUUUCGGCACAGUGAAGCAAAGCUUUCGAAUUGGAACCUCACCGCUGGGACAACGUCCACAGCCACCCCCAUAUCAAAUGCCACCCACUUAUUCGAAUACCAUUGAAUUCUCGCAACAACAGCAAACACAAUUGAUGCAGCAGCAUGAUCCGUUUGAUACUAGUAGUGUAGAAAUGGAUAGCAGUGAAACAACGGAGAAUAAUGCGAAUGCAGGUACUUUUGCGCUUUACUCUAACGUUAUGCGCCAACAACACGAUCAUCUACAAGAGCCAAUAUUGCGCACAAAUGCCACACAGUCAAUAUAUAAUAGCUCUUCAGCAAGGAAAAGCCUUUUUAGUGCAGGAUCUAAGAGUCCAAGUAAUAAGGAAAAUGUACCACAUACUCUUACCCCAGAAGGUCAAAGCAUGAUGAGUUCAGAAGGCCAAGAUACCAUACCAUCAGCGCUGAGUUUACUAAGUCUUGAGAACCCUAUGGAGCAAUCUAGUUUGGAGGACAACGUUUUGCUAGACAAAUCAUUUAUUGCCGAAUUGGAGAAAGACAUGUACAGCAGUAAAGGUCAAAGUGAUUACCAACGUAAUUCCACACAAAUGUAUGCUAAUAAAGAAGUUGUCUAUAAACAAAAUUUAACGCCAUUAAAAAAUUCUGCCAAUCAACCUAACACAGCAAGUGCAUCAAGCAGCGGCGCUUCCCCUAAAAUGCAAAAUCCCGAUGCAUACAGCCAACAACAGUAUUCAACUAGACCUGCUACAGAAUCUCGCAAUAGCCGCUCUAAUGAUCAAUAUAAACAAAACAAUCUGGAAGUUGGUACAGCGGAUGAAGCGGCUAGAAUUGGAGGGGGAAACAGAGCGUCUACAAUAAGCACACAAGAAGUAAUCAAUCGAAUAUGGUAUGAACGUGUCAGUGGCACUACUUCAACGAACUCAUCCUACUAUGAGAUUCCAGUGGAUAGUAUUUAUCAAAACCAAGGAAAUUAUGCCGAAAGAAAUGCACCUGCCGUCACUUCCGAACAACCAAACCAUAGCUUUGUGGCUAUUUCAAAUCGCGUUGUGGUGCCAAAAACGCAAGCAAGUCAAAUUUAUGCUUCAGCUGCUUCGCUGUACGGUAGUAUUGGAAGUCGUGAAAUGUACGACUUGGUGGCGCCAACACCCCCAACUUAUUACGGUCAAUUACCAUUGAAAGCCACUGGCGUUGGAAAUGGAAUUUUUUCAAACGGGUUAACAACCGCAUCAGCAGCACCUGCAGCUGUGUACGAUGAGGUGACGCUCGACGAUUUUUUACGUCCACAUCGGCCUGCGCCGUUGGCUCCACCACAACUUUCUGCACAGCAAAUACAACGUCGUCUGGAGAAACUGAAACACCAACAGGAGCAAGGUGGUGGAAAUUUAUAUGCGCCUAUUCCAGCCGAUUCCGCUCGAGAGAAUGAAAAGAUUCAACAAAUACUCAAGGAUUUGGGUUCGGUCGCACAGGAAAUAGAUGUGCGUAAUGCACUGAGAGCUGCAAAUGGCGACGCAAAUGCCGCAAUACGACACUACAAAAUCGAUCAGCUGACAAGACUCGGCCUUGCCAAUCGUCCACAGUGUGAACAAGCGUUGCAGAAAACUGGUUGGAGCUUGGAGCUUGCAGCUGCUGUGUUACUAGAAAGUACUUCAUAGAAGGUUUAGAAUUUCCAAAUUUCCGAAAUACUCAUUAAGUCAUUGAUUCAUCAUUCCAAAUUGCAUCACAUCUUCUUGUUUUUAAAAUUCGAUGAUUACUUUACGAUGUUACAAGGCAGUUGUUGCGUUAGCAUAUGUGCAUCUACUAUAGAUCUUGGCCAAGUAAAGUAUUGUACAUAAUCAUCGAAUACAAAAACAAAAAGCAUCACAAAAUGUUUUCGUAUUCGUUUUCACUAGCCGUCCUUUUUUAGAGCGAACACAUGAAUAUUCGGGCAGGUUCUGAAAUUCACUUCCGAGUGCAUUUCGUUGAGACUUUUUCAAAUUCUCAACUUUUACUGAACCUGUCCGAUUCAAAAUACCUGACGUCAAAAUUGGCACGAAGUAUAUAGAUUUAGUAUAGAUUUUAUUUAUGACGUGAACUUAUUAGCCUUAAUAUAUAAACAAAAAACAAAAUGUAUAAACAAUUGAAAUAACCGAAGAAUACUAACUUCAAGUUCUAAAAGCAGUGAAUACAUAUUUAUAGCGAUACAAAAUUCCUAAUCUAUCCACGUUAGCUGUAUGUGCUUUGUUAUAGAUAUUAUAAUAUUGAAUCAAAUAAAAAUUAUAAUACAUGUAUUUUUAUGUAAAUGAAUUAAAGCUUAUAAAUGAUUGCAUGUAAAUGGAAAUAGUUUAAAUCCUACACAUGACAUUUCUGAAAUUGAACAAGGCAUAUACAAGAAUAAGAGCCUACAUCUUGUCUUCUACAUAUGUUAAGUUAUGUGAAAUUUAAAGUUCACAUUUCAUAUUAAAUUCAAAGUUCCUAUAUACUCUGCAAGAUAAAAGGUUCUCGACGGAUUCUGGCUAUCUUAACGGAGUGGAUUAUUCAGACUUGUGUGUGGCAGAUAAAGUGUACAUGAUUUUAUAGGAUUGAGUAAGAUGAAAUUACAUGACUUAUACUUUCAUUAAAUUUUCACACUUAGUUGCUGUAGCAUCUCUAGAAUAUAAAAAAUAUUGUAAUUUAAUGUUUUAGUUGAGUAAUCCGUGGAUCAUACGGUAUUUGGGGCUUAUAGGGCCGGAGUAGGUAGGGCUGGCAAGCCUCCUUAAAUAAGCGUCACUUUUUUGCUUGAAUAUUUCAUUUAUUAUUUUUGAAGAAAUAAUUUGCGCAUUUCGUCUUUAUAUCCUACUUUAUUUGUUUCCAUUUUUGUUGCUUGAUAAUAGAAUUGCAUAACUAUGGCGUUCAUCUCUGUUGUCCAUGCUAGGCGCUGCCGAGGUUGGCCAGUUUUUGUGGUUGCUUGCAGACUGACCAUGCAAAACACUUAGGGCUGGUUGAUUUUAGGUCAUCUGAUUGUCUUCCUGAUCGGGCUGUUGAUUCCUGCGCCGAUUCCGAUCAUUGCGGCGCUCGUCCGAGGCUUGUGUUUUUCUUGGAACUAUUUUCACUGCAAUGCUGGUAGAAAAUUCCUAAAGUAUUAAAGGUAAGAUGCUAGUGUUGGAGGGCCCUUAGUGCAAACUAUACCUUUUAAAUUUAACCCCAUUUCUUAAGUUGUGUGAUAUUUUUUAUUAUAUUAUUAGCCACGCAUAAACGUAUAUAUGUACUUUGAAGGACAUGUAUUAUAAUUAAUGUUUUGAGCCAAUUCCUUUU